AGUGUGAAGCAGUUGCAUUGAUAACCUGCAGUUGGAAGAGAGAGAGUCUCACUUUGUGGCCGUCCCUGCGUGGUCCUCUUCUCCUCCUGCCCUGACACCCAGAGUCUCCCUCACCCAGAGUCUCCCUCACCCAGAGUCUCCCUCACCUGGGCUCCUGUCUGGGACUGCGUCUGGUCGUCCGCUUGCUCGCUCGACCCUCCACUCCGCUCCUCCACUCCGCUCCUCUUCCCUCGGUCGUCAUGACGCGCUCACCGCCGUUUUUCCUGCUUCUGCUUGGCCUCAUGGGAGCUCACGCCACCGUGGACGUCCGCACCGCUGCCGCCAUGGCGGCUGGACUGUGCAACACCCGUCCCACCGACCUGAUCUUCAUCGUGGACAGCAGUCGCAGUGUGCGCCCGUCAGAAUUCGAGCAGGUCAAAGUGUUCCUGGCCAAGGUCAUCGAGGGGCUUGAUGUGGGCCCCGAUGCCACCCGGGUGGGAGUGGUCAACUACGCCAGCCGUGUCAAGAACGAGGUAUCUCUGAAGACUCACCGCACCAAGGCAGGCCUGGUGAAGGCUGUGACCAAGAUCGAACCCCUCUCCACUGGAACCAUGACCGGCCUGGCCAUCCAGUUUGCCUUGAACGUUGCCUUCAGUGAGGCUGAAGGGGCGCGGGUGAAAUCCCCAGACAUCAGCAAGGUUGCCAUCAUCGUGACAGACGGCCGCCCCCAGGAUAACGUGCGCGAGGUUGCGGUGCGCGCCCGCGAGGCAGGCAUCGAGCUGUUCGCCAUCGGCGUGGGCCGCGUGGACAUGAAUACGCUGAAGCAGAUGGCCAGCGAGCCUCUGGACGACCACGUGGACUACGUGGAGAGCUACAGCGUCAUCGAGAAACUCACCAAGAAGUUCCAGGAGGCUUUCUGUGUGUCGGACCUGUGUGCCACUGGAGAUCAUGACUGUGCGCAGGUAUGCAUCAGCAGCCCUGGAUCAUUCAAGUGCGCCUGUAAAGAUGGCUUCACCCUAAUGGCCGAUGGGCGCAGCUGCAGUGCCUGCAGCAACGCUGCCACAGACGUGGUGUUCCUCAUCGACGGCUCCAAGAGCGUGCGGCCGGAGAACUUUGAGCUGGUGAAGAAGUUUAUCAACCAGAUCGUUGACAAACUGGACGUGUCGGAGGCCAAGGCCCACGUGGGGCUGGUGCAGUACUCGAGCGCUGUCAAACAGGAGUUCCCCCUCGGUCGCUACAACAACAAGAAGGACCUGAAGGAUGCUGUGAAGAAGAUGGCCUACAUGGAGCGUGGGACCAUGACCGGGCAGGCCCUGCGCUACCUGACCGACAGCAGCUUCAUGCCCUCCCAGGGGGCACGGCCCGGGGUCACCAAGGUGGGCAUCGUCUUCACCGACGGCAGGAGCCAGGACUAUAUCGGAGAUGCCGCCCGCAAGGCCAAGGAAAACGGCUUCAAGAUGUAUGCCGUGGGAGUUGGUAAUGCGGUUGAGGAUGAGCUGAGAGAGAUCGCCUCAGAGCCCACUGGGGAACACUACUUCUACACCGCCGACUUCAAAGCCAUGACCCAGAUCGCCAAGAAGCUGCAGAUCAACAUCUGUCAAGAGGAAGACCCGUGUGAAUGUGACUCCCUUGUAAAGUUCCAGAAAAAAGUAGAAGAUGCCCUGCAGUUGCUAACGAAAAAACUGGAGACCGUGUCCAAGAGGAUUGCUGCGCUGGAGAACAAAAUCGUCUGAGGACUCACACACAUCCCUCGUCAAUAGCGCCCCCCCCCCUCUCCACACACACACACAUACACACACACACACUAUUUACUUCCUGUACAUUACAGAAAAGGAGCCUGUGAGAACCUGGACCCCUGUUCUUUUCCCCUCCUUUCCUUCCCCUGCCCUCUUUAUCUCCGCUUCUGUCUGUCUCAGCUUGUCCAUCACUUGUCUCUUUGGAGACGAAGCACUGGUCGCCAUGUCGACUGGGGAGAGAUCCCUGGUUUGUGUGUGCUCCUGAAGGUCUUCCCCCAUUGGCAGCCUCUGUGUGUGUUAAUAAAAGUCUUCCCUCAUAGGGAAUCGGUGAUUGUACACUGAAGGGUCCUCACUAAGGCAGCUUGCGUAUACUGUAAAGUCUUCCUCCAUCGACAGCUUGCGUGUGCGCACUGAAAAGUCUUCCCCUAUUGGCGGCCUCUGUGUGUGCACUAUAAAGUCUUCCUUGAAGAGAGUUUGUGUCCUGUCAUACCCCAAUAGACCAUCACCUUUACAUUUUGAUCUGUUUUUUUCCUCCUCUCUAUCUCUCCUUCCUCCUUUGCUUAUACCUUCCCUAUUUUUCCAAAGGUAUCUUUCAUUUUAUAUGGAAUAUAUAUAUAAAGGUAAUUUAAUAUAAGACUGGUCUUGAAGAUACAUGUGUUCAUGCUUUUUUAUUUUCCUAAAUAAAGAUGAUUCAGGAAGUAAA